CAACACUGAGUUUAAACAAAAGUGGCGGAGGAAGCGUUGGAUUUACGUAGAGCUGAUGCCGCGCUCGUAGUGACCGUGUAGUUUAUAUCUGUGUAAUCAUAAGAGAUCUCAGAAAGCUAUCAAAAUGACGAUCAGCAAGAACAACAAGAUGUUACAGCACAUCAACUACAGGAUGCGUGUAAUUCUUCAGGAUAGCCGCAUCUUCAUUGGCACGUUCAAAGCGUUCGACAAACAUAUGAACCUCAUCCUCGGCGACUGCGAAGAAUUUCGCAAAGUUAAAGGAAAGAACCAAGCCAGACAUGGAGAUCGUGAAGAGAAACGAGUUCUGGGCCUUGUACUGCUUCGAGGCGAGAAUAUUGUGUCAUUGACCGUCGAGGGACCUCCGCCACCUGAGGAGGGUCUGCCCCGUGUGCCUAUUCCUGGUGCUGCCCCUGGCCCUGGCAUUGGACGCGCUGCUGGAAGAGGUAUUCCAGCGGCACCUGUUGGAGCUGCACCCGCUGGUCUCCAGGGUCCUGUGCGUGGUGUUGGUGGGCCUUCAGCCCAAGUGAUGGCCCCUCAAGCAGGGCGCGGUGGUGCUCCCCUGCCACCAGGAGCUGUGGGCGUGUCUGCCCCUCCACAAGUGCGCCCACCUGCUGCCAUAGGCAUGCGAGGGCCUCCUGGCAUGAUGGGCGGACCUCCUGGCAUGAUGGGGCGGGGCAUGCCUCCACCACCGCCAGGUGGGAUACCUAUGGCUGGCCGGCCUCCCAUGGGGCCUCCUCCCCCGGGCAUGCGUGGCCCUCCUCCUCCAGGCUUGAUGCGGGCAGGCCCUCCUCCUCCUGGCAUGAGACCACCACCAAGGCAGUAAAGGCAGAUGUUUGCUCUGUUCUCGAUGUGAGAUGUAUAUAUUCAUUGCUUUCCCACACAUUUUUUUUAACACAAAUAAAGGUUUUGUGGCAUUGGA